AUGGAUAACGGCCGUUACCCUGGUAACAAAGGACGCUUCCGUGCUAGGCAGCCGCCGCUACACUGAUGAAAAGGAACGGCAGCCGAAAACCAACCGAGACAGUAAAUGCCGCACAAGUUGUAGCAACAAAGCCGACCCAAGAGCAAACAAAAGGGGAGACCCCGCAGCCAAACCUCAAUCUUCACGUCCCUCCGCGCCGCGUCCUGCCGUCCCGGCAACCUCUGUUGGAAAACGAGAAAACCGCAGCAAAAGCUGGUUGAAAAUCCUGAGGGACGAGGACCGACGCCAACCGAGGACUGAGCAUGAGCCGCGAAGCCGCGCGGCCCCCGCGACCGAAAGCGCGACCGGAACCGGGAAUCCGAAGCAGCUAACAGCGAUGGUAAAAUAG